AUGUCUGACCAAAGUGAACAAGAAAUCGACACCACUAACAAGACUCAGCCUGAUAUAGCUGUAGCUGAUACUUUAGAAAUUUCAAAAAGACCGCGUCGAACAAGGAAGGCAACAAAAUUUUACACUCCUGCUCAGUCCAUUUCUAAAAAACGAAAAAGAAGGGUAAAGUCAAAGAAAACCGCAAGAAACAAAGAGCCUACAACAACUGGUGAUAAGAGAAAAGCUUUUGACGUACCCGUCGAGCAACCAAAAAAAAUGAAGGUUUCAGAGUUCACGGGUUCUAUGCGCAAUCUGAACCUCAAAGGUAAAUAUGAUGAGACUGAACAUCGACAGAAGAAAUUAUCCGCGGUCAUGAAGGCCGAUUUAAUUACGGUCCGUUCAGUGCAUGGUAAAAAGCACGUUCAACAAGGACGCUGUUUCUCAGUAAAAUACAAAAGUUUUGAAAAAUGUACUGCAUGCUUAGCCAAGCAAACAGACGUAUGCAGAUUCAACGGUAUACGAGUUUUCGAGCAGAAAAAGGAAGAUAGGUUAAUAUACGGCCCUGACUUUAUUUCAAUGACGGACCCCGAACCGGCCUCAACUUAUGAGGCAGAAGUAAACGAUGACGAAGUUAAGAACUUCCUUCAAAAAGAAAUUUCACAUUUUAAAGUGGCUAAAUUCCGCAAAAUACCAGGUCGCAACAUCUGUCAAUUGUGCGACGGUUGCCAAACAACAAUAUUUAGCGGAUAUUGGAUGUGCUGUGUUUGUGGAAGGGAAUAUUGCCUUUCCUGUCAUGAGGAAUGGAACAAUGUCUAUGAAUUUUCGAAUGAAACUGGAAAAUGUUCUCAUAAGAGGCAUCAUUAUAAAGAACAGCUGGUACCAAUGUAUCAUUAUAAAAAAGAAGAAAUUCUUCGUCUCAUUGAUCAAUGUAAUCAGAUGAUUCUCGACGAUGACGAUAGUAUAGAUUUAGACGACGGUGAAUUGUCCGACGAUGAAUCCGUCAUAGAAAGCUCAAGAGCCGCUUCUCAACGCCGCCAGAGAACUCCGCGAAAAAUUCGAACACUUAAUGCACAGGUUUCUGCCGCAGAUAACAAUAUUCCCGCCCAAGGAAAUGACGAGCAUAAUAAGACUGAUGAUAAAAAUAUUCCCGCCCAAGGACAUGACGAGCAUAAUAAGAUUGAUGAUAAAAAUAUUCCCGCCCAAGGACAUGACGAACAUAUUAAGACUGAUGAUAAAAAUAUUCCCACCCAAGGACAUGACGAACAUAAUAAGACUGAUGAUAACAAUAUUCCCGCCCAAGGACAUGACGAACAUAAUAAGACUGAUGAUAACAAUAUUCCCGCCCAAGGACAUGACGAACAUAAUAAGACUGAUGAUAACAAUAUUCUCACCCAAGGACAUGACGAACAUAAUAAGACUGAUGAUAACAAUAUUCUCACCCAAGGACAUGACGAGCAUAACAGGUCUAAUAAGACUAUAUAUGAAAACAAUAUUUCCACCCGAAUACAUAACGAGCAUAAAAAGACUGAAUAUGAAGCUAACGAAAUGACUGAAGAAAUUUUUAGAGACCUUUGGAGGAAAGGAUACCCUUUCGUGAUCAAAGGCGUAGAUAAAUUAAGUGAGGAUAUUUGGAAACCACAAUACUUUAUUGAGCAUUACGGGGAACAUGAGUGUACAGACUGGCCACCAAAAGAUGAUUUCGCAGAGACGUUUCCAGAACAUUAUAAAGACUUCUCUAAUAGUUUGCCAUUUAAAGAAUAUACGACUCGUGGCGGUGCCCUGAAUUUAGCUCACAGAUUACCAUUAGAGAUCAAUCGUACUGAUCUUGGUCCAAAGAUGUACAAUGCUUAUGGUUCUGAAGAAGAUAUAGGUGGUAAAGGUACCACGAACCUUCACCUUGAUAUAACAGAUGCAGUUAAUUUGAUGGAAUAUGCUCCAAUAGUUGAAAAACGCCUGGAAAACGAGCGGGAUAAACCAGCAGCAGCGGUAUGGGAUUUGUACCAUUCAGCCGAACUUCCAAGAAUAAGAAGAUUCUUAAGAAAAAUUGCCAAAGAACGAGGAUUGUCUAUUUGCCAUCCAAUACAUGAUCAAUUUUUUUAUUUGGACAAAGAAUUGAGAGAACGAUUGACGGCGGAAGAAGGAGUUACAGGAUGGAGAGUGUUACAAAACCCUGGCGAUGCCGUUUUUAUUCCUGCAGGAUGUGCACAUCAAGUCUGCAACUACACAAGCUGUGUCAAAGCCGCGGUUGACUUUGUUUCUCCAGAAGGAGUUGCAAGAAGUUACAUUGUAAGCCAGCAAUUUAGAAAAUUACGUAAUGGGCAUAAGAGGAGGAUGGAUAUCCUUCAGCUUCCAAAUAUUCUUUAUCACGCCUGGAGUACUUCCUGGGACGAAAGCAACGACUAA